UUAAUGAACGUUUCUUCAUUUGAAAGCGCACGUAUGCUCUUAAAUGUGGUAGAGGCACCGCUCGCGUGGGCCGCGUGGCAGUUGUGUGUUGAGGGGCACACGGCUCACCAUGGCCGUCUGUUUCCGUGGAAAUAGGCCUGUGCUUCACGUCUUCGCCUUGCCGGCAACGGGGCUAGAGCUGCAGAAAGCGCACGGAAGACUUGCUCUUCGGGGACAUCUCAUGUCUGCUGUUUGCCCUUUGGAGGGUGGGGCCGGGCAAAGCCAGAUGUCCUGAAGCACGAGGCAUUGGCUCGCCCUUCUGCCUGUGCCCCUCCAGGGCUUCCUUCUCUGGAGAAGUCGGGGCGCCACUGGGCUCCUGGUAGUGUGAGGCUCCCUGCCAUCUCCUGUCCGUAGGUGCAGCGGGAGGGCUGUGCUCGGCCGUGACCAGUGCCUGGCACUGAGAACCUGCUGCAAGUAGGGUCUCCUCCCGGGGCCAGAGAGCAGCGUCCCAGAACAGCAUGUGGGUUUCCUCUCCCCCAGCCUGUUUUAGUUCAAAGUCACCGGUGUGUUUCUUGUCCUCCUUCUAGUUACUGUAGCCUGUAGCAGGAUAAGCGGCACGCUCAAGCGUUCUGGAUGGAAGUGAGGGGUGGGGCACGUGGGGCUCGAUUGCAGGUCCUGCUGCCUGUGUCCUCAGCCUGUGAGGUUUCCUUCACAGAUGCACUUACGCGGUGGGAAACCACGACUUCAUCGAGGCGUACAAAUGCCAGACUGUCAUCGUCCAAUCGUUCCUGCGUGCAUUUCAAGCCCACAAAGAAGAAAACUGGGCUCUGCCCGUCAUGUAUGCCGUAGCACUCGACCUUCGAGUCUUCGCCAAUAACGCAGACCAGCAGUUGGUAAAGAAAGGGAAGAGCAAAGUCGGGGACAUGCUGGAAAAGGCAGCCGAGCUGCUGAUGAGCUGCUUCCGCGUCUGCGCCAGUGACACCCGGGCCGGCAUCGAGGACUCUAAGAAGUGGGGGAUGCUGUUCCUGGUGAACCAGCUAUUCAAGAUCUACUUUAAGAUCAACAAGCUACACCUGUGCAAGCCCCUCAUCAGAGCCAUUGACAGCUCGAACCUGAAAGAGGACUACAGCACUGCCCAGAGGGUGACGUUCAGGUACUACGUCGGGCGCAAGGCCAUGUUCGACAGCGACUUCAAGCAAGCGGAGGAGUACCUGUCCUUUGCCUUCGAGCACUGCCACCGCUCGAGUCAGAAGAACAAGAGGAUGAUUCUGAUAUAUUUGCUGCCAGUAAAAAUGCUGCUGGGUCACAUGCCGACCAUCGAGCUGUUGAGGAAGUAUCAUCUCAUGCAGUUUGCCGAAGUGACCAAAGCCGUCAGCGAAGGCAACCUUCUGCUCUUGAACGAGGCCUUGACGAAGCACGAGACCUUCUUUAUUCGCUGUGGCAUUUUCCUUAUCCUUGAAAAGCUGAAGAUCAUCACCUACAGGAAUCUUUUCAAGAAAGUGUAUCUGCUGCUCAGAACACACCAGUUGUCUCUAGAUGCCUUCCUGGUCGCCUUGAAGUUCAUGCAGGUGGAAGACGUGGACAUCGAUGAGGUCCAGUGCAUCCUGGCCAACCUGAUCUACAUGGGUCACAUCAAAGGCUACAUAUCACAUCAGCAUCAGAAGUUAGUUGUUAGCAAGCAGAACCCUUUCCCCCCACUGUCAACAGUGUGUUGACUGUGCACACACUCCGAGGACAGGACAGCUGUGUCUCCUCCAGCUUUUGUCUGCGUGGAUGGACUCGGUAUUGUCUGCAGCCGGACUCUGGGGCUCGUUUGCUGGCGCACAUGGCUCCUGGAAACCUCCAUGGUCACUCACAAGUAACGUCCGCCGUGCGGACAGCUGGAGCUCCCUCUUGAGAAAAUGGGCAUGUCCGUUCCCAUUGGAGCUGGGGAAGUGUCCAUGGAGGGCUCCGGCUCACUCUUCUUAAAAGCGUCUUCCUCAAUUUUUAUGUAACUUUUUCUGUAAAACGUCAUCCUGAAUUUAUACAGAUGGCAUAUUCUUUAUUUUAUCUUAAUAUUUUCAUUUGUUAAAUUAGAACAUUGUACAUGAUUAAAAUGCUUGGUUAACUAAA